UCUCAAGAUACAGCGAUUAAGCUGAAAUGAGAUAGUAAAAAAAAAAAAAAAAAAGGAAACAAAAAGGAGGGUGUAAAAAAAAUUAUUAAAUGAAUGAGGAAAGAGGACAGCUCCCUUUAGCUUUCGGGUUUUCGGAAUUGCAGGCUUGGUAUCUGAAUGGCCAUGGCUCUUGCAUCUGAUGAAGCUAACAGGAUAUGCAAUCACUGGUGAUCAAUCUUCUAAGGGACUAUCCCCCUCUUCGUAAUUUUGAAAUAUAUGAGUUGGGUUUGCAUCAGUGUUGAUUUUUGUUCAAGAAUUCUAGGUUUUAGUUGUAAUUGAUUUUUAAUCUGCGAUGCUGUGUAUAUGAUUUUAGCCAAUUAAUGCUAAAGUUGUGAAAUUGAAAACCCAUUUGCCGAAAUUUCGUUUAAAGAUCAGCUUAAAAGAUUCCCUGCUAAUCCUUGGUAGUGGUGAACUGUUUGUUCAAUUUCGAAAGCUAGGUUAGAAUUGUUGAUUAUGGUCCGAGGGUGAUCGGUAAAUACUGGUCAUAAACAGUGGCAAACUCAUAAGAGCCCUAAUCUUAAACCAAACGGUGCGUUUUUGCAACACUGAACGUCGUCUUCUUCGCGCGCGCCGCUCAAGAUUCUGGUUUCUGAAGCUGUUCGAUAAAAUUCCCCAAAGGCUUUGCUUUUCUUGUGUAGCUGCCAUGGCUGGUGAGCCAGUGGCUCAGGAUCAACGGCAGCGCACUUUGCAGGCAUUGGAGCGAAGGUUCGAGGCUGCUCAAGCCGAACUUGAUUUACACCAAACGAAGAACACAAAGAGAUUGAAAACCGAAGGAGCUGGAAAGAAACCGCAUACUGCUAAUUCUUCAGCCGUUGAUUCUUCACCAAAUUUAGCUAAUGCAUCAUCCGCAACUCCAUCGAAGAAAGGGAAUUUCACCUUUGCUGGUUAUGUGAAUUCACAAGAUAUCGACGAAAGCGGUCCAACAUAUGCAAAACUCUCUCAGCCUAUACAUGAGAAUCUACUCACAGCUAGUAAUGUUGAGGUCUCUGGUAGAAAAGAAAGUAAAGUCGAUAAUGUAUUGCACGAGCUUCUUCAGAGUGGCGACUCUGCUCUGAAGUAUAUGCAAGGAUCAAGAAGCAAGAGGAUUGACAAUUGGAUCCUCCUUGAUAAUUAUGUGCAACGGCGUGGCGGUUCUGGCUCCCGUGCCAGGGCAUUGCAGAGUAAUUCAAAGCGGUCUAGGAAGCGUAUGUUGAUGAAACAGCAAAAGAAGAAUGGAUUGUUUGAUUUGCCUCGGGAGCUCCAUAGCUAUGAUAAAUUUAAGCCAAUGUAUGAGAUGUGGAAAGGCUAUAUUACACAACUUCUUAAAACUACUGGGAAAACGCAGUUGGCUCAGUCUCUUCUUAGUGCAGAUCUACAUGGUGCUAUUAUUUCAGUUGUUGACUGUAAAGUAACUUCCUACACUGGAGUGAGUGGUAUCAUGAUUCGUGAAACAGCAGAAACAUUUGGCAUAAUUACAGAAGAUGAUCAAUUCCGAGUGGUGCCAAAAAGGUUUUCUGUUUUUGUAUUUCAAGUUGAUUGCUGGAAGAUUACCUUGCAUGGGGACAAACUGACUUCAAGAAACUUGGGUUCGUGAUCUCAAACAUAAUCAUUGCAGCUCAGAACAAUCAGGCUUUGAAGUAAAUAUCAUUGGCAAUCAUGUCAGUUUCAGUCGACGUAAGUUCUGCCGAGAUCUUGAGUUUAGUGAUCGAGUAGCAGAUAAGCAGCUAGGAGGGCUUUGGCAUUGACGGUAAAAAAGAAUACUGAUUGUGACAUGAAGACUGGAGUCUUCAUCUCACAAUUGCCAGUUGGUAUUCAACAUACACUCAUUGCCAGCCAGCCACAAAAUACAAAAUGAGAGAAACUACCGCCUGCCUGUUUAAGUUCGCGUAGUUUAAGAAGGAUGGAAUCCUAAUUUUUGUCUCUUGGGUAGUCGUCUGUUUGCACCGUGUUGACGUGUUUAGUUAAGCAGUAAAUCAUUCAUUUCAAAGAAGAUUAUGUAUGACAUGCUUGAUUCAGUGAUAAUCUGUAUUCUGACCAUAUUAUCGGAUC